UUCAAGAUGGCGGCUCACAGAGCUAAAGACUGGAAAGGAAAUAUUUUGAUUCAACUGCAAGGGCGAAAUAAGAAACAAACCCAUGCAUAUGUAGGCCUGAUUCAAGCACAUAACAAGCUGGUAGAGAUCGCGUCUUCACUCAAGUCCCGCAAUGUUCAGCUACAAGUUGAGGCAGAAAAAUUAAAGGAAGAAAACCUUAAUCUCCAGGUGAAGGUUGAAACUGGAGGUGGCAGCGGUGGGGGUGGAGAGAAGACAGCUCAUCUGGAACAGAAACUGUACAAGUUGCAGGAGGAACUCACAGAACUACACCGGAAGAGAGGGGAGAAUGCGCAGCAGAUUAUUGACCUCAAGAAUGUUUUACAAGAAAAAGAAAAGGAAUCACAACUAAAAGAUGCAAAAUUGUCCGACUCUGAAGCUAACAUUCUGGCCCUGAAGAGUGCACAGCGGCAGCUGGAGAACACCAUCAUUGAGUUGGAGGCCACCAACCAGAUGCUGAAGGAUGAGCACCAGGCCCUUCAGUUGGCGUUCACAGCGCUGGAGGAGAAGUACCGUAUAAUGGAAGAGAACUGUGAGCUGGUGCAGCGAUGGAUGGAUCUCAAGGCCAAGGACGCAGACAAACUCAACGAGGAGAAUGACGACUUCCUCAAGAAACGACAAGCACAGUUGCGGAAAGAUCUUGCCGAUGCUGCAAAGGAACCUGUUUCAAUAACAGAAACCGGGAAGCUCCUGCUUCCAGGGAUCACCCCCAUCUGUCUCAGUGCCUCCAUACCAAGCAAAGCACAGUGUGUGUUUGAUGCUCAUGAAGGGGAGGUAAAUGCUGUGCAGUGGAGCGGCACUGGGAGACUGUUUGCAACUGGUAGUGCCGAUAGGAAAAUUAAACUCUGGGAAAUUAUUAAUGGCAAAUGUGAACAGAAGGGCAUCCUGACGGGUAGCAACGCUGGCAUCAUGGCGAUAGAGUUCGACAUUGAAGACAGCUUAAUUCUUGGUGCUUCUAAUGACUUUGCAAGUCGAGUGUGGUCUGUGGCAGAUCAGCGAUUACGGCACACACUGACGGGUCACAGUGGCAAGGUGCUGGCAGCCAAGUUCCUGGGGGACACCAACAAGGUUGUAUCGGGCAGCCAUGACAGGACGCUCAAAGUAUGGGACCUUCACAGCAAGGCAUGUAUAAAGACAAUAUUUGCUGGGUCAAGUUGCAAUGACUUGGUGACGCUUCAUGGCAACAAUAUCAUCAGUGGUCACUUCGACAAGCGUGUCCGGUUCUGGGACACACGGUCUGAUUCAAGUGCUAAUGAAAUCAUGCUGCAGGGAAGACUGACAUCACUAGAUCUCGCGCCAAACCGAUGCAGUUUGCUGUGCUGCACUCGAGACGAUUCCGUGAAGAUUAUUGACCUCAGGAUGAACCAGGUGUCAGCACGUUUUGGUAGGCAUGCAGAUGGGUUUAAGGUUGGCUGUGAUUGGUCCAGGGCUGUGUUCAGCCCCGAUGGCAGUUUUGCCGCUGCUGGGUCUAGUGACGGAGGGUUGUAUAUCUGGGACGUCGGCAAGAACAAGGUGGAGAAACUUCUCAAAGAACAUAGUCAUGCAAUAAUGGCCUGUGCGUGGAAUCCGAUUGGCUCUUCCCUGGUCAGCUGUGAGCGGUCAAGGAAAGUCAUCUACUGGGCCCGAUUUCUGAACAGCAACACGUAACUAACAAGAGGGAAUGAAAUCCAAUGUGACAGUUAUAAUCACAUGCAGCUUGUGUCUUCUGACAAUCAGUAUACAGGACGUGCAAAGAUCUCUUCGCCAAGAAAUUGGCUUCUUGACGCUGAAAAUUUUCCAGACAAUAUUCUAAGAAAAUUAUCAACCUUUCUUGAACUAUUGAAUUUCUGACUUCCUUUUCCUUUAGCAGGUGCAGUGUCCACCAGAGCUUGUGUUUAAAUAGGCUCCUUUACCUUCUAAAAUGAUAGCCGCUUUGUUCUCUCCAUUAAUGUCGAGAGUGAUGCUGCUUGCGGGACGUAUGUGACUAUAUCAGUGUAUUAGAUAAUUCUUGCCCCCCUACCUGUCACACACAUUUGUAGGACUUUUUUCAGGCUAAAUGUCCCAUGCUCCUGUAUAUAUAAGUUACAUGGAGCCAUGUUUGGUCAUAUUCCUGGAUGGUAGGAGAUGACAAGGGCAGAUAACUCUGCCCACAUGAGUGGCAUGGAGAUGUGAUUUAUGCAUGUUUGACUGGUUACCAUGGCAAUGCUUGAUUUAUAUUGUGUGUACCACUAUCAACAGAAAAAAGUCGAAGAAGCUUUAAAGAAGAAAUACCUAUCUAACAUCAUACAUUCUUGCCUUUGAUUCAACUUAAAUGAGGCCUGAACAUGUUGAAGUGGGGAAUGAAUGGCUGAGCUGUGUUCAGAUGAAAUGGGGUUCAACGUUCAAGAUUAUUGCACAUCCAUAUAUGCACAUGUGUGUGUGUGGUGUGUGUGUUGGGUGUCUGUGUGUUUGAGUCGGAGUGGCUGCUUGUACCAGCUCAACUAAUACCAGUUUUAUGUCCCAAACGCACUGAGAUACCAUGCCACAGUUUAUGAUGGAUACUUCACUCAGUCAUGUUAUACUCUGAGGCAAACAGUCCUGAUUUUAUUCCCUGAAUUCUAAGCGGCAAGUACCAACAUAAACUAUCUGUUAUCAUGAACCCCUGACCUGGUGUUCUCCCUGCAGACACUGUAUUAUUAGUAUUACCUGGUAAUAUGUGAACUUAGUCAAUGCUUGUAUACACCAGCGUGUUGUUAUUAUGGAUCUGUUACACUGCACACCAAUUAUCUUUCACCAAUUACUAUUCCACAUUGGUGUGUCACAUGAUCACAAGAGACAGGUUAAUGUGUGUGUCACAUGAUCACAAGA